UAUAAAUACGAGAGUCCUAGUAAAGUGUUAUUAUUAUUUAUUAUAAUUUAGUUCAAACAUGAAGUCAUUCAAGACUAUUUUUGUUUGUUGUGUCAUCUCCGGUUGCUGGGCGAUUGGAGAGGUUUUUGGUGACAUUUCCAACAUAAGAAAUUCCCCGAGACAUUUUUAUUUGGCGCCGCCACUGCUGCGCACCAGAUUGAAGGUGCCUGGGACGAAGAUGGCAAAGGACCAAGCAUGUGGGACAAAUUUGUUCACGACAAUCAAAGCAGGACUGCAGAUGGUCAAAAUGCUAAUAUAGCUUGUGAUUCCUAUCACAAAUGGAGCGAAGAUAUCGAAAUCAUGAAACGAUUGGGACUUGGCAUUCACAGGUUCUCAAUUUCUUGGCCUAGGAUAAUGCCAAAUGGUACACCAAACAAAAUUAACCAAGCCGGUAUAGACCACUACAAAACCUUCAUCAAUGCUCUUAAAGAAGCUGGAAUUGAACCACUGGUUACCAUGUACCAUUGGGAUCUACCCCAGUAUCUUUACGAACUAGGAGGAUGGUUGAAUGAGGAUAUCGUGAAUUAUUUUGGUGAUUAUGCCAGAGUGCUGUUCGAGAAUUUUGGUGAUGAUGUCAAAUUUUGGGCAACAUUGAAUGAACCCAAAUCAACAUGCUUGGUUGGAUAUGGAACUGAUACUGCUGCCCCUGGUUUGAAUCUUGUCGGAGAUGGAGUUUACAGAUGUGCCAAAGUUCAGUUGCUUGCCCAUGCCAAAGCUUACCAUAUCUACAAGGAUGAAUUUGCUGCAACACAAAAUGGUAAAGUGACAUUGGUUCUCGACACUCCUUACAAUGAACCAGCGACCAACAGCUCCUUAGAUCAAUACGCAGCUGAGGUUGAAAAUGAAUUUAACCUUGGUUGGUAUGCCAACCCUGUAUACCUCGGUGAUUGGCCUGAAAUAAUGAAAACCAGAGUAGCCAACAGAAGCCAACUUGAAGGAUAUUCUUUCUCCAGACUUCCAGCAUUCACUCAAGAAGAAAUAGACUAUGUCAAAGGAACUUUUGACUACUUUGCAUUAAAUAUAUAUUCUGGAACACUCACUUCAUACGCGGAUGAUUUUCCUAUAGGAGAACCUAAUUUUUAUUUAGAUAAAGGAAUGACCAAUACGCACGGCGAGGAUUGGACACCUUCAACAGUUAGUUGGUUGUACUCGUACCCUCCUGGUAUGAGAAAGUUGCUGAAUCUAAUUUGGGAUAAAUACAGCCCUGGAGAAAUCGUUGUCACAGAAAAUGGCUGGCCUACCGGUACAAAUAACACUCUGGAAGAUCAAUCUAGAAUAGAUUAUCUACAGGGGUAUCUAAGUAACUUAUUAGAUGCCAUAACUGAGGAUCAAGUCAAUGUCAUUGGUUACACACUUUGGAGCCUACUGGAUGACUAUGAAUGGACCGACGGGUACACUCAAAAAAUAGGAAUAGUACAAGUUGACUUUGACAGCCCAAAUCGUACGAGAACUUUUAAAAAAUCAGCCGAGUGGUACCAGAACGUCAUAGCAACAAGAUGUCUAGUUGACGAAUGUGUACAAUUCUGUGAUAUUUUGUUCAAAAUGAGGGUUCUUGGUCUGGUUCUCGCUUGCAGUUGCUUGGUUACAAGUGGUUUUGGAGAUAUUUCUAAUAAAACAUUCCCCGAGACAUUUAAAUUUGGUGCCGCCACUGCGGCCUACCAAGUGGAAGGUGCUUGGAAUGAAGAUGGUAAAGGGGAAAGUAUAUGGGACAAGUUUGUGCACGAGGACCCAACUAGAGUAAAAGAUCAACUAAAUGGAGACGUUGCAUGCGACUCCUACCACAAAUGGCAGGAAGAUAUAGAACUCUUGAAAGAACUAGGAGUCAAACUUUACAGAUUCUCCAUUUCAUGGCCAAGAAUCCUACCAAAUGGUACACCAAACAAAAUUAACCAGGCUGGAAUAGAUUACUAUCGCAAAGUAAUCAAUGGUUUAAAAGAAGCAGGUAUUGAACCAUUGGUAACAUUGUACCACUGGGAUCUCCCUGUGCAUCUUUUGGAUCUAGGAGGAUGGUUGAACGAGGAUAUUGCUGAUUACUUCGGAGAUUAUGCCAGGAUUGUGUUCAAGAAUUUUGGUGACGAUGUCAAGCUCUGGGCUACCAUCAACGAACCGAAGACAACUUGUAUGAAUGGUUAUGGCGGAGGGUCUAUGGCUCCAGGUCUUCAACUGCUUGCCGAUGGUGUAUACAAAUGUGCCAAAGUACAACUUCUAGCUCAUGCCAAAGCCUACCACAUUUACCAAGAGGAAUUUGCAGCUACACAAAAAGGAAAAGUCAGCAUUGUUAUUGAUGCUACUUACAACGAACCUGCAUCUGACAGUGCUGAAGAUAUUGCUGCCGCCGAAACCGAAACAGAAUUUAAUCUGGGUUGGUACGCUAACCCUAUCUAUCUAGGUGACUGGCCUGAAGUUAUGAAAGCCCAAAUAUACAACAGAAGUCUACAAGAAGGCUAUUCUUUCUCUAGACUGCCUGCAUUCACUCCAGAACAAGUGGCUUACGUCAAUGGAACUUUUGACUUCUUUGGAUUGAACAUGUACACAUCACUAAUUGCCGCAAGCGCAGACUACCCAAUUGGUGAACCCAGCUACUACUCAGACAAAGGUACUGCCACAACUCACGGAGUCGAUUGGACAGCCUCAGAAGCUGAUUGGUUGUACUCAUACCCAGCCGGUAUGAGAAAACUGUUGAAUAUUGUAUGGAACAAAUAUAACCCUGGUUCAAUCUAUGUCACUGAAAAUGGAUGGGCUACCAAUGAUACGUUGGCAGAUCAAAGCAGAAUAGAUUAUCUUCAGGGAUAUUUGAGUAAUCUCUUGGACGCUAUCCUGGAGGAUGGCGUUAACGUGGUUGGAUACACCACCUGGAGCUUGAUGGAUAACUUCGAAUGGGCCCAAGGCUACACCCAGAAAUUCGGAAUAAUCCAGGUUGAUUUCGACAGUCCAAAUCGUACCAGGACCCUCAGGGAAUCGGCACGAUGGUACCAGAACCUGGUCUCGACGCGUUGCUUAGUUGAUGAAUGCGUUGACAGUUGAAUUGAAUGGAAUUUUUUUUAUAAUAAAAAUAAUAUAUAAAUA